AUGAGUGAGCCAAUCCGUAGACCGGAUUUAGUAGUCUCGAUAGACUUUGGCAUGACCUGUACCGGGGUUGCCUUUUGCAACGUAUCAACAGGAGCGCUAGACAGCGUGAGACACAUUCAGAGGUGGCCUGGAAGAACGCAAGCGAAUGAAAACAAGGUCCCUACCCUUCUUGUAUAUCCGCAAGGAUCAUCGACACCAUCGUCCUGGGGAUUCCUAGCCGAAACUGCACAGGAACAAGGUGGUGAUGGGAGUGAGAGCCGGGAGUGGUUUAAGAUUAUGCUUGACGAAGACCUACUUGAACAAAUGCGCAGGACUUCGAACGAUCCAUCAAAGGUUCCCCGCAUCCACGAAGUGGAGAAAUGGUACUCGUACUGCGACUACUUCCGAUUCCUCUACCGCUGUAUCGAAGCAAGGCUAAAGGGCGAACUUGCAUGCCGGUGGGAGGACGCAAAUAUUGAAUUCAUAUUUUCGGUACCUACGACCUGGAAGCCGAACCCAACAGUGGAGCGCUUUCGGAGCAUUAUAUCUCGUGCGGGCUUCGGUCAAGUAGCAAGUCAUAGUGCAGUGAUUGGGUUGACAGAGGCAGAAGCAGCCGCGGUGCAUACCGCACGGAACACCCCAGCCAUUUUUCAGGAAAAUGACAUUCUGUUCGUCUGCGAUGUAGGAGGAGGAACAACGGAUUUGUCGGUAUUUCGUGUUAGGAAUACAAAUAGCUUCGGGGGAUCCUUAAAUCUCCAACAGAUCGACACGGUUUUUGGUGCUACCAUCGGAUCGGCCCAAUUAGACAGUCUCUUUGAGAAGUUCGUGCUGGAGAGGCUGCAGCUUGCUAAUCGAAUAUUGCCCAUGGCCCUCGAGGAUCUGAGCCAAACUGCAUGGGAAAUGCGAAUCAGCAAGGAAUACCAAAACGCAAAAUGCGAUUAUGGCUCCGACGAAUCCUUUGCCGAUACUGAGACCUUUUCUGUCCGUGUGCCUAAGCUCGAUCGCCAAUACAUGAAUGACCAGUAUGGGAUUCGUGGCGGGGAUAUGAAUUUUCGAAGAGAUGAUCUCCGACAGUUUUUUGACGCACAGAUUGUUAAGCUUUUUGACAUGAUCGACAAGCAGUUUGUCCGCCUUCAGCAGAAGCUGCCACAGGAACAGGUGGCACACAUGGUUCUUUCUGGGGGUCUUGGAAACUCCGCCUACGUUCGAGACCGCCUUCGUGACCGUUACGCGUCUGGGAAUGCAAGCCAUUUCAAUGCCCGGAAUUUGCAGAUACGAGUCGCACCAGAUCCCCAGCUUGUAGUGUGCAAAGGCAAUGUCGCAGACCGUGUGCAAAAGCUAAAAAAUGGCCAAUCUGUACUUGGGUGGCGUUGCUGUCGAUCGUCUUAUGGGACGCUCUGCAAGAUGGUUUACAAUCCCCAAAACCCAGCUCAUCACGGUGCUCGAACGCAGCUGGAUCCGCUCGACGGCCAAAUCUAUAUUAUGGACUACAUUGACUGGUUCAUCAAGCAGGGUGAACCUGUCUCAAGCGACCAUCCGAUUGUCCGCAAUUUCCGUCGUAAAUGUUCACCUGCAACACCACAGAACCCGAAUCCUCCCCGAGUCUUUCCAACCGAAAUCAUCAGUUCUGAUGUUGAUAAAAGCAUGCUCCCGUUAACCAUGAGCUCUUUCGACUCUGACUUCUCUUCCCUUCCUCUUUCCACGUUCAAACUCAAGAACAGGCACUGGUGGAAUUCCGGAAAGAAGUACCAUCGCGUAGACUACGUCGUUAAAGUGAAUCUCGGAGCCGCCGACAUCUCUUUCGAACUCUGGCAUCAGGGGGUGAAGCUCAGCAAGGAUAAUUCCAUUAAGGUAGAAUGGCAUGCUUCAGCGGCUCCAGAUCCGAACUCAUACGGUGACUAUGUGGAUUUCCCGAUGAACUCCCUCCCCUCCGCACAGGGUCCGACAAUAAAUGCCGGAUCAAGAGGAAUAGGAAGAAAGCCUUUGCCAGUGGGUAUGAAUAUCAACGGCGUGCAAGGUGGUUUUGGGAAGUUCGGAAUUAAUCUACCAAAUGGAAGUUCAGCGCCCUUUAGCAAUAGGUCCUCAGUUUGGUAG